AUGGAACCGUUGGCAUCAAUCUAUGAACAUGAAGGCGACGACAUAUUCACCGACGCACUUCACCACUGUUCCGUCGAUUCCAAGCCGGAAACUUCCACCUCCGAUUCCACGCUUUCACAUUCUAAACUUAUCUCCUCCGAACCUCAUGAUCCCCAUUUCAACCUACCCUCUCCCUCUCCGGCCACCAUACUUCGCCGCCGGUCAAUUCGUCUCGGAAACAAACAAUCUUCCGAUUCCAGUACCAAUACCGAUUCAACCAAUGUUACGAAAAGAAGCUUCGGAAACAAGCCGAAGUAUAGCAAUCUCAAACAAGAUGAGAAUUUUACCGCGAAACCCUAUUCCGAUGAAGCUUCCAUUCUCGCAAUAGAAGAGAACAACGAGGAAUCCACCGUGACUACAUCUACAAAUGAUACCAAACAUGACGAUUCCGUUGACUCGGCUUUGCAACUCGGUGAUUCGUCUUCGAGUUUUCUCGAAUUGAUAGUAGGGUUAGUGAUUAAGGCAUUAGGGUUUCAAAUCAAGUUAAUCUUUAUGUUUGUAACUUAUCCAUUGCUAUUCAUGUUUCGUUGUUGCUUGUUUUUCAUGGAUCCUUUUGGGACAACAAGAAUAUGCAAAAAUAUUUUCUUUGGGAUUUUGUGCAGAGUUUGGAAUGCUAUGUUUGGAUGCAUUAAACCCUAUGUUAGGAAAUAUUUUAAAGGGAAUGAAUCAAUUUGGAGUGUAAUGUUUAGGUUUGGAUGGGGAUUCUUAUUGUCAAUUUAUGUUUGUUGUAUUUUGAUUGGUUUGUUAGUUUCUUCAUUCGUGUUUAGCGGGUUUUUGAUGAGUUGUUUUGUGGAGAAGCCGAUUCAGAUGAAGGAAGUAUUGAAUUUUGAUUAUACUAAGCUUAGUCCAGUAGCUUUUGUUCCUAUAAUAUCCUGUGAUGGUGUUGUUGGUGGGAAAGAUUCUGAGAAUAAUGUUCAAGCUGGGAAGUUGACGACGAUGGGUGAACGGGUUAUACCUUCUAAACAUAAAGUACAAGUCACGGUUUCAUUGAGAGUGCCUGAGUCGGGAUACAACAGAAAUCUCGGAGUCUUUCAGGCAAGGGUGGAUUUUCUAUUGUCUAGUGGUAAAAAGAUUGCAAGUUUGAGUCAACCUUGCAUGUUAAGAUUCACAAGCGAACCUAUCCGCUUAAUCAUGACUUUCCUCAAGAUUGCUCCUCUCAUUACUGGCUAUACAUCCGAAACCCAAAUUCUGAACGUCAAGAUGAGAGGUUUCAUUGAAGGGAACAUACCAACUUCGUGCUUGAAAGUAACACUCGAGCAACGGCCAGAGUAUCAACCGGGUGCUGGCAUUCCUGAAAUAUAUGAUGCAUCUCUUUUUGUUGAGUCUGAACUUCCCUUUUUCAAAAGGAUCAUUUGGCAUUGGAAGAUGAGCAUAUUUAUAUGGAUCGCAAUGAUGUCACUCUUCACCGAAUUGAUUUUUGUUCUAGUAUUUUGUAGGCCUAUAAUAAUUCCAAGAACAAGGCAAAGGGUAGCAGCAUCUGCUCGUGGUCCUGCAACCUUGGACAGUCUUCAGGCACAAAGUUGA